UUCGACACCAGCAUACAAUCCAAACAAUCCAAGACCAGUCACACAAUAUGUUCCUCCUCCCGACACUGUGGCUAUCGCCCCUGCAAGACUUACAAGUUAUAAAUAUUCCAAUGAUCAAACGUUUGUUGCUACUAAUAAUGGGUACGGUUUUGACCGAGUCACCCGAGAAAGUGCUUGGUAUUCAUACUAA